AACCCUAAAAAAGCACCCAAUUUCGUCUGCUAUAAAUAAACUGUCUCACUCCCUGUCUCUCUCCCUCUCGAAUCUUCUCUGAUCCAUCAAAUUCACUCGCGCUCUCGCUCUCGCUCUCGCUCUCUCUCCAAUUCCUGCAAUUGGGCAUUUCCAAUUUUCAAUUCCCAAUCUCACAGCCAAGAAGGUUUCGAUUUUUUAAGCUCCUUGUUGCCGAACUUGAAAAGAGGGGUUGUGGAAAAGGAGGGGGAGGAGGAAGGGUAUAAUAAAUUUAUGGUUUUGUCCUCGUGAUCUUGAAGAGUAAAGAUAUACCCGAAUUCUGGAUCCAUGUCAAAGUUAUGAAGCCUUUUCUCUUGUGAUAAAUAACAUGCAGUUGGUGGUUCACCUGGUCAUGAAACAUUGAUCCAUGGAUCCGGAAAGCAAGAAGUUUGGAAGAGGACCAAGAGAGCUGACUGGUGCUGUUGAUCUUAUAAGUCAUUACAAGCUGUUGCCCCAUUACGAAUAUUUCUGCAAGCGGUCACUUCCUUUGUCAAUUGCUGACACACAUUAUCUUCACAAUGUGGUGGGAGACACUGAAAUUAGGAAAGGAGAACGGAUGCAAUUGGAUCAGCUUAUCCAAAAUACCUCCAGAGAUAGUAAUGCAUGCAUACAGCCCUUUGACUUGAAUGUACUUAGAGAGGCCUUCCAACUGAAGGAAACUACUCCCAUAGAUUUGCCUUCUGCAGAGAAGGGGACUCCGACCAUAGCUGGGAAAUCAAAAGGUGAGUCCAAGGACAAGGAUAGGAAGCAUAAAAAACAAAAAGACAGAGAUAAGGAGAAGGAUAAAGAGCAUAAGAAACAUAAACGCCGUCAUAAAGAUAAAGAUCGGAGUAAAGACAAAGACAAGGAGAAGAAGAAGGAUAGAAGUGGGCAUCAUGAUUCUGGUGCUGAUCACUCCAAAAAACACCACGAAAAGAAAAGGAAGCAUGAUGGGGAUGAAGAUCUUAAUGAUGUGCAUAAGCACAAAAAAAGUAAGCAUAAGAGCUCAAAGAUUGAUGAAAUCGGUGUGAUAAAGGUAGCAGGCUGAAACGGUUGGCAUACUAUAGUUCAUUUUUGUUUGAAGUGGUUGUAGUCGACAGUUUGGAAGGGGUUUUGACUUAAAGUUGUCCUUUUUUCUGAGGGUAGGUUUUGAACUGACUGAAAAUGCGAAGAUGGUGAAUUCACCUGACAAGAACAUUUGGAUGCCGGGUAGAAAUUUGCAGAAAAUGGAACUUGUAUCAUAUAGUUUCUGGUAAUAGGGGAAAACUUCCAUCCCUUCACUUUUUCCUUAGCUUUUACGGUACAUUGGAUAUGUCAGCAUGUACACACAUUAUUGUAAUCAUUUUAUCCUUUUUAGGGUAGUUCAAAGCUUCGUUCUAUAAUCAGUUUCAUUUAGUAUUUUUAGCUUUUGAGUUGUAGGAAGAACAUGUUUUAGGGUAGGGAUUGUGUAUAUUAAAUUAAUUCCUUUCUUCCCCA